AUGGUAUAUUUCUAUUCCUCGCAGCCACUGGAAACUCAGGCACCUUACUUACUUAUGGUGGGCAAAAAUAAGGAUGAGAAUGAUCUGCUUAUCAAGUAUGGUUUCAAAGAACAGAACAUGAUAUGGUUCCACACAGAUAAAUACUCCAGUGCUCACAUUUAUCUGAAACAGCCUGCAGGCGAAAAGGCUCUUGAAGACAUUCCUGCUGAAGUACUGAAUGACUGCUUGCAGCUAUGCAAAGCCAAAUCGAUACAAGGUAACAAGAUGGCGCAAUGCUCGAUCAUCUGCACGCCGUGGACCAAUCUCCGUAAAAGUGGGUAUAUGAAGGCAGGAGAGGUUUCAUUCAAGUCCAAGAACCGAGUACGAAGACUUAAUUGCUAUGCAAGAGACAAUGCGGUGUUAAACCGAAUCGAGAAAACUAGACUAGAGGUUGAAGAUAAUGUCGGUUCAUUCUUACACACAGCGAAGAAAAGCAAAAACGGCGAGUACCUUUUGGAGUACCUAGAGCAGAAUUCAGAUAGUCUCAGAGAGGAAGAAAAGCUGCGUCGGAUCGUGAAAAAGCAAGCCAAAAAGAAGAAAGCUGAGGCCUCGGAAGAAGAUGACUUUCAAUGA